AUACGAGUUAGUUGAGAGGAGAAUUGGACAUUGGGCACAAGAAGUAGAUGUGGGGGAAAGCAUGAAGGGUCACGAGCCCCGUUCAUCUUCUUCUUGUGCAGCUUGCAAAUUGUUGAAAAGAAGAUGCACUCCCAAAUGUAUAUUUGCACCCUACUUUUGCUCCGAUGAGCCUUCCAAAUUUGCCAAUGUUCACAAGGUAUUUGGAGCAAGCAAUGUGAGCAAGAUCCUCACCGAAGUGCCGGAGGAGCAACGCGAGGACACCGUGAAUUCACUGGCGUAUGAGGCCGAGGCAAGGCUUCGGGACCCGGUUUAUGGUUGCAUUGGUGCCAUAACUUUGUUGCAAAGAAAGAUGGUUGAGCUCCAGCAUGACCUCGCCAUUGCUAGAGCCUGUCUUGCUCGCUAUGCUGCUUCUUCAUCAUCAUCAGCCUCAUCUUGUUCUUCUUCUCUUGUCUGGGAUGAUCACGUUAUCAUGCCUCCUUACCCUGAUGUUCCUGCUUGCAAUGACCCGAAUUAUAGUUUCAGCCAGAAUUCCUCUGAUUUGACCCAAUAUGGACCGGUCAAUGAUUUUAGCCACAGCCCUUAUGUAUUAUGAUCUUUGAUCUCUCUCUCUCUCUCUCUCUCUCUCUCUC